CUAGCCCGCCGGCGCGGGGCGCGCGCCAUGGCCGCCUCGCCGGGCUCGGGCAGCGCCAACCCGCGGAAGUUCAGUGAGAAGAUCGCGCUGCACACGCAGCGGCAGGCCGAGGAGACGCGGGCCUUCGAGCAGCUCAUGACCGACCUCACCCUGUCGCGGGUUCAGUUUCAGAAGCUUCAGCAACUGCGCCUUACACAGUACCACGGGGGAUCCCUACCUAACGUGAACCAGCUGCGGAGCAGCUCAUCAGAGUUCCAGCCAUCUUUUCAUCAAGCUGAUAACGUCCGUGGAACCCGCCACCAUGGGCUGGUGGAGAGGCCAGCCCGGAACCGCUUCCACCCACUUCACCGACGGGCUGGGGAGAAGCCAGGCAGACAAUUUGAUGGAAAUACUUUUGCAGCCAGUUACUCUUCGCAGCCCCUGGAUGAGAGCUGGCCCAGGCAACAGCCUCCUUGGAAAGAAGAAAAGCAUCCUGGGUUCCGGCUGACGUCUGCACUUAACAGGACCAAUUCUGAUUCUGCUCUUCACACCAGUGCUCUGAGCACCAAGCCCCAGGACCCGUAUGGAGGAGGCGGCCAGUCCCCCUGGCCUGCCCCAUACAUGGGUUUCUGUGAUGGAGAAAAUGAUGGCCAUGGGGAAGCCUCUUUCCGUGGUCCGUUGAAAGAAGAGAGUCUGUUCAAUGUUCCGAAGCCACUGCCUGAACAACUGUGGGAGACCAAGGAGAUCCAGUCUCUGUCUGGGCGCCCUCGAUCCUGUGAUGUUGGGGGUGGCAAUGCUUUCCCGCAUAAUGGCCAAAACAUCGGCCUCUCCCCGUUCCUGGGGACCCUGAACACCGGAGGGUCAUUACCAGAUCUAACCAACCUCCACUACUCAGCACCCCUCCCAGCCUCCCUGGACACCAGCGACCACCACUUUGGGAGCAUGAGUGUGGGGAACAGUGUGGGCAAUCUUCCAGCUGCUAUGACUCACCUGGGGAUAAGAAACUCCUCUGGUCUCCAGAGUUCUCGAAGUAACCCUUCCAUCCAAGCCACACUCAAUAAGAUUACGCUCUCCUCGUCCCUCAAUAGCCACCCACAGACAUCUGUGGCCAGUGCGUCCGCUCUUCACCCGUCGCUUAGACUCUUCUCCCUUAGCAACCCGUCUCUUUCCACCACAGCCCUGAGCGGCCCCUCCCGGCGCAGGCAGCCUCCAGUGAGCCCCCUCACGCUCUCCCCGGGCCCUGAAGUGCACCAGGGUUUCAGCAGACAGCUCUCUUCAAGCAGCCCACUGAACCCGUAUCCUGCCUCCCAGAUGGUUUCCUCAGAGCAAAGCCCGCUUUCCUUCCUGCCCACAGAAACUCAAGCCCAAGUGUCUCCACCGCCCCCUUACCCCACACCCAAGGAGCUGCCUCAGCCGCUCCUGCAGCAGCCCCAUGCCCAGGAGCCCCCUGCCCACCAGCCCCAGGCAGCCUCCUCCCUGCCACAGUCGGACUUCCAGCUCCUCGCUGCCCAGGGCUCAUCUCUGACCAACUUCUUCCCAGAUGUGGGCUUUGACCAACAGCCUCUGAGGUCCAACCCUGCCUUUCCUCAACAGGUGCCCUUGGUGCAGCCGAGUCCCCGAGAGCCACACGACUCUUUUCACUUGAGACCAAACCCGUAUUCCAACUGUGGGAACUUCCCAAACAGCAUCCUGACAGAAGACACAAGCACCAGCCUGUUCAAAGGCCUUAGUGGGGGGCUGUCGGGCAUGCCCGAGGUCAGCCUGGACAUGGACACUCCCUUUCCAUUGGAAGAGGAGCUGCAGAUCGAACCCUUGAGCCUGGAUGGACUCAGCAUGUUAAGUGACUCUAACAUGGGCCUGCUGGACCCCUCUGUGGAGGAGACGUUUCGAGCUGACCGGCUCUGAGCUAAAUACAGUGAGCAGGGGACUGAAACGGCCAGAACGGAGGCUAGAACGGAGGCAGCAAACACCGACAUCAGCCAUCCGCAUGGAGGGAGCCCUGCUGUCCAGGCUCUCCACUGCCGUCCUAGCUCAGAUGUCAUGGCUUUUCUAGACACAGCUGCAGCCUGCCUCUCCGGCCUGUGGCCCCAGUUGUACUGCUUGCAAGCCAGCUACUUGGGAGCUUCUGACGACUGGGAAGCUGCACUGUCACCCUUUAUUCUUUCUGUUGGCCGUCUAGUCCGUGUGUCCAUGUAGACAGUGCUGUGUGACAGGUAGCCUCCAUAGCAUCCACAGAUCCCAGUCAGCACUGGAGAUGGGACCCAGCGUAGGAGUCCUGGGGAGGCCACAGGCCUGCGGAGUUGGUGCAGCGUCACACAAUGGUACCAGAGCACCAUGAUGCCUUUCUAUCUGCCCACCAAGGCCAGGCACCCUCCAGCUGGUGAAUAUUCUGGGCCUAGCCAUUGCUCUGCCCGCUGGUGUAAUGAAAACGAAGAAGCCUAACCGCCCGUCCCAGGGCAGGCUGUAGAGAGACAAAUGGAGCUUGCUUUGCCUUCUCCCAGUCUGUGACCUCUCUUCUGCUGCUUCCCUGU